AACUUGAUUCGGUGUCAAAUUUUGGCUUAUGUCAAGUUUUUGUUUUCUUCUCCGCAUUUCGUUCUUUCUUCCAGCUUUGUUUUCCCCUUUCUCAUUUUCAGACCCAAUUCAUGGACUCUUGGCAGUCUUCAUCUCAUGUUCUGCUACUUGCUUCAAAGCAUUUACAAUAGGAGUUAGACAGCAGAUAAUACAACUUCCAGAGUUCUGUACAGAACAUGAUAGACCGUUGAAAAACCACACACCAUUAAAACUGGGGACUGGGAGGACGACAAUGAAGACCUGCCAGAAUGUGUAAUAUUACUGUAUACUGAUUCUUUUCCCUUUGCUGCAGUAGAAUUGAAAGUCGUAACUCUUUUAGUUUGAGUGAUGUCAGUCUCAUCAUCAGCCACGGACAUUGCCAACAACGAAGAUCUUCUAUCCCAAAUCCUUGUUCGAUUACCCCCAAAAUCCCUCCUUUGCUUCAAAUGUGUGUCCAAACAGUGGCUUUCUCUCAUUUCCAGUCCCGAAUUCAUUGUCGCCCACAUCCGCUGGAGAGGCAUCGCUUCCCCUUCUGGCCUACUCUUAAACAAUGACUACUUGCACACUCCGGAGUUCCACUAUGUUCCUCUGACACACAAUAAUCCCUCUGAACUCACUGCCCCUCCAUAUCUGAGCUACCUUGGUGCCCCUCGGAUCAAGAUCCUACAGUCUUGUAAUGGUUUGCUCUUGUGUUCUUCGGCCUACCUAAAAAAUGAUCCAAAUUAUGAACUCAAAUACUCUGAUGACUUCACGCAGACAGAGGAUGAUGUUCUCUUGCCAGAUAUAUGGCAUGUUAUCCCAACAAUCUCAAACUCCUGCAGUCAAACAAGAAUCCAUUAUUCUGGUUUCAGAUUCUACGUCUGCAAUCCCACCACCAGGCAAUUCAAGACCCUUUCUUUUCCUUUCUUUCAGUACCACAUACUUGCUAUAAAUCUGGCUUUUGAUCCUUUGCAUUCACCGUACUUCAAAAUAGUGUGUGUACUUAGGAAGAAUCUGGAUACUUAUAUACUUCACCUAUAUAAUUCUGAGACCAAAACUUGGAAACCAUCUUCAAUAUCUUUUAAUGCACCCAGGACAAUAUACUUCCGUGAACCUGUGUUCUGCAGGCGAGCAAUUCACUGGUAUAGUUCCCAGCAGACUUCUCUUUACUUUGAUGUGGACAAAGAGUGCUUGAAUCCAAUGCCUAUGCCCCACUCUUCGAUAUAUGGAACUGUCAAUUAUUUUGGGGAGUCUCGAGGCCAUCUGCAUCUGGUAAUGUCAACAACCUCUAUUCUAGAACUCGAUGUGUUUGAGUUGGAGAAAGAUUACUCUGUAUGGUCAGUGAGGUACCAUAUCAAUCUUGACACCAUAAGAGCUACACUCCGUGGUAUGUGUGGCUUUUCCAGCGACCCGUCCCUUGCUUCAGUACUGAGAGUUACUCGUGUAGAAAAGGAAGGGGAAUCAGAGGCGGUGGUAUUUAUGUUUGGUAUGGAAUGUAUAGUUGUAUCUUGCAAUUUGAGUGAUGGGACGCUUAAAAUACAUACGGGUUUUGUUCCUUCUCAGGAAGCUGUUCACGAUUUAAAGCUCCUCCAUUCCUACACAGACGCCUUUCCAUUCAUAGAGACUCUGUCUCCCAUAUAAAGCACAUAAACUCACAUAAACUCUCUGCAGCUCUUUUGCUUGUGUAUGUAAUUGUUUCAUCUUGUUAAAGUUGAGAGUUGGCUUUUGCCAAACAGUAUCAUUGUUGUUUAUGUUAAGCAAUAAGCAUGAUUAAUACCUACGACUUCAAUGAUUUGAAGUACAUGGAAGAGUGCUUUUGCACUAAUGAAAUUCA